CGACGGCAGGAGGUAUUGUAGUGAGUUAUUGCGCUCCAGAGCAGAAGCACCGCUUGUGAGGAUGCAGUGAAAGUAACUGUGCAGUUUUUCUUUUUGUAUGACAAGAAACAGCUGGUGCAAAAGCGGUUUUUGUUGUUUUGUAUUUUUGGAGCAGAAAUAGCUCAUCUGAGCGUCUUGCAUCUCUUUUUGUUUGAUGAAUGCACCCCCAUUGUCGACCUGCUGGGGGCCUUAAAGUGAAGCAGCACCCGGCUUUUAUGAAUGGGAUGUUCGGUUCCCAGACUGACUGGAAUUAAGGAGCGUCAUUAUUCAUUUCAAGGCCUCUAACAAGAUUCCCGUCAACAUUUGGGUACCUUUUUUUUGUAUCCCGACUACCUCUUUGCACAAAACAAAACACCUAAUCAACCACCAUGCCGAUCUUAAAACAGCUAGUGUCGUCGUCCUCCCAGACCAAGCGUCGCUCACGCAUGGAUCUGACCAGGGAGAUGAUCAGUGCUCCUCUGGGCGACUUUCGCCACACUAUGCACGUCGGCCGGAGCGGUGAUGCUUUUGGAGACACCUCCUUUCUCAGCACACGCUCAGGGGAGCCUCCACCUGAGAAUACGUCCUUCCCGCGCUCUCCACGACCCGGCCUUUUGUCACGCACCUUCAGGAGCAGCAAGCGCUCGCAGUCUGUGACCAGAGUGGAUCAGCAGAGCGAUAGCUCUUUGGUGCUCCCUGGAGGGUCACCCAGCUAUGUGAAGAAUGCCAUGUCUCUGCCCUUUCUCAAUGAUGACGACCGAGGGGAGAGCAUGGUGGCAAAGAGUUUGUCUUCAAGUCCGUUAAAGCAGCACGGGGAGUUGGACGGGAGAGGCGCAGCUGCAGCCACUCACUUUUUAGAGCUGGAAGAACGAAGCUUUGGCGAGCUGACAGAGCUGCCAGAGAGCUCCCAUCAUUACGGAGGUGGAAUGAAGCACGCCGAGUCGGUUAUGUCCUUCCACGUUGACCUGGGACCCUCCAUGCUGGGUGACAUCCUGGGUGUGAUGGAGAAGGAGGAGGAUGAUCUUGGCUACGAGGAGGGAAAAAGCAGCGAAGGCCGUGCUUCACCGCCUCUCAGCGCCCACGGUGAGGAAGAGGACAGCGUGGAGAGGGGGAAAGAUGAGAAUGGAGAAGAGCAAAUGGAGGCAGACGAAGAAGCUGAAGAUCUGCAGAUGCAGGCCUCUGAGGAUCCAACCAGCUCUAUUGAUCUGAGGCCUGAGGACGGAGGGCCUUACACUCCAGAAUACACUCCAGAGAUACGGCCCAGACACUUGCAGCAUCUAGACAGCUGCUCCAUGUCCAGCUCUGGUUCUGCUGCUCUGGAUGAGAAACCCAACAGCCAGACCUAUACAGGAGAUACAGACAGUGCCACAUUCAGUGCCCCGCCAGAAGAGGAGAGCAACUUCUCCUCUUUCUUGGAGGAUGAAGAUGAUGAGAUCCGUGUAUGAGAGUCCAAAGUCGUAUGAAAAAGGGGAAAAAAGAAAAAAAAAAGCAGGGAAAAUGGUUGAUGUGGAACUGACAAAUCCUCUGACAGUGUGGAUUUGCACUUGAACAGGAGAAGGACACUGCAGUUGGUAUACUGUGGGGAUGAGACUGAAGAAGAUGGAGGGCUCUCACUUUAUAGGGCUACAAAGAAAGUGUGACUACUCCGUUAGGACAAGCCCAAACUCCAUCUGUCAGGGAGCCUUACCCUUCUGUUUGUCUAUGAAUCUGUCUCUCCGUUUUGAACACUGAGGGAACUGACAUGGAAGGGCUGACACUUUUUGAAUAUGGAACAUUCCAGAAGUAAGCAGGGAGUAUUGGUUAGAAAGGAACUUUUGUAGGAAAAACACUUUCCACAACUAAAACUCAGUUCACCCUCUCUCUCUCUUCUCUCACUUGACGUGUCACAUGUGCUUUUUUCAUUUGGUUUGCCUCUGUUUUCGCUGUGCUUUCUGUCUCUGGCUGUGGGACAUCAUGAGGCCUGAGCCGAACAGAAGGCCUCUGUCACAACAGGAUCAGUGGUGGGUAUCUUGUCACAAUAAAGGGAGCUGUGUUUGUCAUUGGGGUUUGAGGCCCUACAUUAAGCCUCUUUCAUCUGAAAGCAUUUUAGCAGUGCCAUAGAUCUAUCAGAUUUUUUUUCCUCCGUUAUUCUCUCUUAUGUAACUCAGGGUCCUGGUGACGCUGCCAUUUCCUGCUGUAAAGCUGGACCACAGGGUCCAAACCAAAAAAUUCUUCUCUGUUUUCAAUUCACUGUGUGCCACACAGGCUUAGGCUGCGUAAAUUAGAGAGAGCCUGGGUUGUAAAGCUAAUGGAGAUGCAUUGAGCUGGAUUAACAUAAAGCAUAGUGUUACUACAGGAAACCAAAAGUGUGAAGAGUGCGUGGCACAUUGAACAUUGUGUUAGUUGUCUCUUUAUCUCUUUUCCGGUGAACAGGUUCCUUUUUUUCCUCAUAGGAUUUCUAUUAACUAACACAAAUUGGGCAUCUUCCUGCUUCUUAUCUGUCAUUUCAAGUUGAAACUGAAAAGAGUUUGAAAACCACUUCCUUCCUUGUUUUCUUUUUGUACAUCCGAGCAACUGCAGUGGUGCAACUGAACUGUGCAAAAGAUGUUGAUACUCAAUAGUCAAUAGGCUGCCUUAAACAGUUUUUCCACCACUACAUACAGUAUGUGUAGAGUUUUAGGGUGUGUAUGAUUUCAAAUCAAAUGCACCAGCAGGCACAGUUAAACCAGACACUACUAGUAUGCGUGUUUUAUACAUGUUGUUGUCUUUUCUUUGAAAAAAAAUCUCUGCCACGUUUCUUUUGUAUCUGUUUGAAGAGUGGAUAAGAGCGAAAAACUGGCCAGCAAUAGCUGUAAGAGCAUUAAGAAAAGUGCAAGUUGCACAGUCAUUGCAGCUCAACUAUGUCUCUUGCAUCAUUAAAAAGCCAUGGCCAGAAGUAUUGAAGGCUUACUUGCGCUGAUUGAUUUCACUGCCUUAACUGAAACUGACAGAUGUGCCAAAUUAUAAUUUUCUAGCCAAAAACAAUUUCAGUAUGUAGAGCUCACUUUUGGGAGAACCUGUCAAGUAUGUCUUCUUUCUUCUUCCACUGUAGGUAAUCACUGCUGAGUACGAGUUCAGAUUCGAGUUUCAGCUUGCAGGUUGAAGGAGUGAAAAUAAAUAUUGUUGUAAGAUAUAAUCAGAAAAAUAAUUAAUUUGCGUAACUGGAUAUUUAUCCCUUACACACUACAUGAUGCAUUCAGGUGACUUCAAAUGUUAAUUUUGUACAAAUGAGAAUUUGCCUGUGCUUUCUGCAAACUGUUGUUAAUAAUACCUUACUGUUGUCUUCUUUACUGUAUAUUUACAGCUUCUUUUUUCUGUAUUAUCCAAAAUAACCUAUAUUUUUCAAUAAAAGAAAGCCUGAAUAUCUUGAA